AUGGCUGCCACAUCCCCUUCUAUCCUGGCUUUGGCCUGGGCAGCAACACUCGCCCUUUUCACCGGAUCUGAUGAAGUCAACUUUGACCUGACAAGCUCAGAAGACUAUUCGGCUAGCAAGUCGAUAGAGCUCCAAGUGCCAUAUAACGGGACUGUCCAGGCGGCCCUCGAAACUGUCGACCAAAUCAUUCGUUCAACUGCAGAUACCCAGAGCGAUGGCCAGCAAACACUGCUGGCGAUUCAUCACCAGGGGCCACAGCCAGGCCAUCUCAGCAGUCGAUCUGGCAGAUUUAAGCAGGCCGUCGUGCUUUGCGACCUGACCUCAGAGGAUGGGCUUGCUAUUCAAGGAUGGGCUGAAGAUGCGUGGAAAUGCACGCAGAUGGUCAGCCAGAUGAGGCACCUUGUGGCAUUGAUCAAACAGGGGCCUAACGACGCCCCUGUAACCACAAUCACAUCCGGCAUUCAUUCUGAAGACUUACGUCGGGUCCAGGGAUGGAAUAGCAACGAGCUCGCCCGCCAUGAUAUAUGUAUACAUGAACAAAUCAGGUGGCAGAGCGAGUCUCAUGGGGAGGAGAUAGCCGUAUGUGCCUGGGAUGGCUCUUUUACCUACAACGAACUUGAACGGCUGAGCACACAGUACGCUGCCCGUCUCCAGGCCCAGGGAGUAGAGGCUGAGACAUGCGUACCUCUCUGUUUUACGAAAUCUCGGUGGGCGAAUGUAGCCGUCCUGGCCGUUCUGAAGGCUGGUGGUGCCUUCGUCCUGCUCGACCCGUCUCACCCCACAAGCCGGCUGCAAACCAUAUGCCAUGAUGUUGGUGCCAGGCUGGUUAUAUCCUCCCCACGAGAUGCUCAUAUCUCACGCCCUUUGAAUCUGCCUAUCCUCGAGGUUGGCCCAGAUAUUCCCGCUACUGAUAUAGAACUGAAGCCCGUCACCGUACAACCGCACAAUGCAGCCUACGUCUGCUUCACCUCCGGAUCAACCGGUAACCCCAAAGGAGCUAUCAUUGAGCACAGAAUGGUCAGCACGGUGGCCGCGUCUUGGGGUGUUUUUCUGGACUCUCGAUCGCGAGUCUUUCAGUUCUCUGCAUACGCCUUUGAUGUGGCUACUUUUGACGCCCUGGCUGCGUUGAUGUAUGGAGGAUGCGUUUGCGUGCCCUCAGAAGCAAGCCGACGCGAUGAUAUUGCUGGAGCUUUUGCGGCACUUCGGGCUAAUGUUCUUUUCACAACGCCAUCUGUCCUGCAGACGAUUUCACCCGCAGACAUGCCGGGACUAAAGAUUGCUCUGAUAGGGGGCGAGACCCCGGUCAAGGCGCUUCUCGACCAAUGGAUACCAUCUGUCAAGGUGUUUAACGUCUAUGGACCGGCCGAAUGUGCCGUGGGAGUUGCCAACCAUGGGCCCCUGGCCAUACCUUAUAACCCGCGAGCAUUCAAUCGAAAAAUGGGAUGUCAUAUCUGGCUCGCUGAUAUCAGGAACCCCAACCAGCUGGCACCCGUUGGAGCAGUCGGAGAGAUUGUCAUAGAGGGCCCUACUGUGGCCCGUGGGUAUAUCAACGUCACAGGAGCCAAGGCGGCCGCCUUCAUACCUUUCUGCCCAUGGGUGCCAGAUUCGCAGGAGCGCCAUCGAGCCUAUCGCACAGGAGAUCAUGGCCGUUAUAUUGAUCCAGAUGGUUCUAUUGAGUUCAUUGGCCGCAAAGACACCCAGGUGAAAAUUCGUGGUCAGCGAGUGGAAUUGAGCGAUGUCGAGCAUCACCUUCGCAGACUGUACCCCGGGGCGCACCAUGUGGUUGCUGAAGUGGCAAUUCCUGCUGCAAGAAAAGGGGCUCACCCCCUUCUAGCUGCAUUCAUCGACGAAAGUAAUACAAAUGAGAAAAGUAAUAAUGAAAAUGGGAUCCCGGACAACUCCUCCCUGUUACUUCCCCCCUGUGCCCCUUUUAUUUCUGACUGGUUGGAUCGAGUGCGUCCCGCAAUGCAGGCCUCACUCCCUUCAUAUAUGGUCCCUACCUUGGCUCUACCGAUUUCUCGCAUGCCAUUAACUCCGACGGGGAAGACAGACCGUCGUCAGCUCCGAGCGAUUGUAGAGAAACUUCCAAUGGCUGACUUUGAGUCGUAUAGCAUCGGGUCAGGGGUAACAGGACGCGUUAAGCAGCAACCCGACUCGGAUAUGGGACGCUCCAUCCAGACAGCAGUCGCUGAGAUCCUUAGCCUUCAGCCACAGCUUAUAGGUAUGGAGGACGAUUUCAUACAGCUCGGAGGCGAUUCCAUCACAGCAAUGAAGUUGGCCGCUCUCCUUCGACAGAACCAAAUCUCUUUAUCCGUAAUAGAUAUCAUCCAAUAUCCAGUCCUUACUGCCAUGACGGAACGUGCGGUCUAUUUUAUGAAUGGCUCCUCGGACAAUAUACUGGAAGCAGCCCCGUCAUUUACUAUGUUUCCCGGUACAUCGGCUGAAAUAGCAUCAAAGCUGGAUGUUACGGAGGCUGAUAUUCUUGAUAUCCUUCCUGCCACCGAACAGCAGGCUAUUAUGCUUGCGUUUCCUCCUCAGUAUGAGAUUAUCCAUAUUCCCGGAUCAGUGGAUGCUAGAAGCCUGGAAAGUGCAUGCGAAAGCGUGAUUCACCGACAUGAGAUCCUUCGUACCGUGUUCGUUGAUUAUUGCAAUUCCAUAUUCCAGACAGUCCUUCGGAGAAUGACCAUCACAUUUAAGCACUAUGAAUGUCCCGAUGAUCUCAAGGAGUUUCAAUCUGGCCUGCUCAAGGAAGAUUCCGAUCAGUUCAUGCCGUGGAAUGUGCCUUCCAUCAGUUUCUUUCUCCUGUAUCAAAAUUCACAACAAUACACGCUCAUUGUGCGAUUAAACCACGCUGUAUACGAUGCACAAUCAUUACCUAUCAUUCUGAAGGAUAUUGAAAAUAUCUACAAUGGACAGCCGCUUUCCACGCCAAUUCCGUUCUCGCCGUGGGCUUAUAAGUUUUGGACGUCGGCAACACCCAAAACCUAUGAAUUCUGGAAGACUCUACUUGAAGGAUCAUCGAUGACCUAUGUAGGUGACCCAUUUGCCGACAUGGAAGCAGGGAAAGAGACAUUCGUUGAAGCUACGCGCAGCCUUUCAGUCCUGGAACCUCCCAAAGGAAUCACUCUUGCCUCGCUGGUAAAGGCAGCCUGGUCCCUGACUCUGUCUAAGCACUGUCAGAAGAGCGACGUGGUAUUCGGCCAAGUCGUCCAUGGUCGAGCCCAUGGCCUUCCAGGCGAGGAAGCAGUGGUUGGACCAUGCCUCAACCUGAUCCCAGUUCGUAUGGACUUGAGCGCUAUUAAACACGGGGAAGAUUUAUUACACUGCAUUCAGAGACAGAAUGUAGCUUCGAUAGCAUACGAUCAAGUCCAAUUCAAAGAUAUCAUCAAAAAAUCCACCAAUUGGCCCAAGGAUACUGUCUUUGGCACACAACUUUUGCAUCAGGCUGGCGGACCCAUUUGCACACUGAAGUUUGGCAGUGUGCAUGCUACUUUGGACGAAUACUAUGCACCGCGGCUGGCCAAGGAGCUCCGUGACUUUGUUUUUAUGUCCACGGUCUGUGGCCAAACGCAUACCUUACAGAUCUUCGCUACCAAUGCGUAUCUAGAUCAACAGUCUGCCGAUGCCAUGAUCGAUACCCUAGUUUUUUACGUUCGUGCGCUUGCUCGGGAUCCUCAAGCGAUUUCUGGUGCUUAUAAAAAUUAA